UUUGCAGCUGCAGCGGCUGUGCAGGAGGGACUGGCCACUGUUGGCCACGGUGGGUGCAAACUGGGCAGGGAGACAGGCGGUGGACAGGCACGGCCCCUGGGCUCUGACCUGACACCCCUCGCCAUCACAUCUCUGGAUGCCUUCCCUACCAGCCAUGCUGCUGAGUGGCCUCCUCCUCAUUGUGGCCACCACGACUGUGGCCCAGCGGAGGGGACAGGAGGCCGGCGGGUGCCGCCGGGCACACCGAGUCCAGCAUGGCCAAUGCAGCUACACCUUCGUGCUGCCAGAGCCUGAGCCCUGCCCGCCCGAGCCCGAGGCCUUCGGGGGCUCCAACAGCCUCCAGAGGGACUCCCCGGCAGCCGCACUGAACCUAGGGGACUGGCCGACCCAGCGGGUACGACAGCUGGAAAAAAUGCUAGAGAACAACACACAGUGGCUGCAGAAGCUAGAAAGGUACAUCCAGAUGAACCUGAGGUUGGAGCUGACGCAGGCCCAGCAGCACAUGGUCCAGAACCAGACAGCCACCAUGCUGGAGCUGGGCACCAGCCUCCUGAACCAGACCACCGCCCAGACCCGCAAGCUGACCGACAUGGAGGCUCAGGUCCUGAACCAGACAUCGAGAAUGGAGAUCCAGCUUCUGGAGACCUCACUGUCCACCAACAAGCUGGAGAAGCAGCUGCUGCUACAGGGCCACGAGCUCCACCGGCUUCAGGGCCACAACAGCGCGCUGGAGACGCGGGUGCAGGCCCUGGAGACGCAGCAGCAGGCGGAGCUGGCCAGCCUCCGCGGCGAGAAGGAGCGGCUGCGGCGCCUGCUGGGCCGCCAGAGCGGCGCCCUCGCCGGCCUUGAGCGCAGCCUGCGCGCCGCUAGCAGCAACUCCAGCCUCCUGCAGCGCCAGCAGAGCCAGCUACUGGAGUCGGUGCAGCGUCUGGUGCGCGUCGUGGCCCAGGGCCCGGCCUCCAUGAGGGCAGCUGAGCAGGUGUUCCAGGACUGUGCAGAGAUCCAGCGCUCCGGAGCCAAUGCCAGUGGCAUCUACACCAUCCAUGUGGCCAAUGUGACAGAACCCAGAAAGGUGUUCUGUGACAUGGAGGCCAGUGGAGGUGGGUGGACCCUCAUCCAGCGCCGUGAGAAUGGCAGCAUGAAUUUCCAACGGAACUGGAAGGAUUACAAACAGGGCUUUGGCAACCCCGCCGGGGAGCACUGGUUAGGUAACGAGGUGGUGCACAAGCUCACCAGCAGGGCGGCGUACUCUCUGCGUGUGGAGCUGCAAGAUUGGGAAGGCAACGAGGCCUACGCCCAGUAUGAGCAUUUCCAGCUGGGCAGCGAGGGGCAGCUGUACAGGCUUUCUCUGAGUGGGUACAGCGGCUCGGCGGGGCGCCAGAGCAGCCUGGUCCUGCAGGGCACCAACUUCAGCACCCGCGACGCAGACAACGACAACUGCCUCUGCAAGUGCGCCCAGAUGCUGUCCGGAGGAUGGUGGUUUGAUGCCUGCGGCCUCUCAAACCUCAAUGGCAUCUACUACCCGGCCCGCCACCACGUGCGCAAGCUCAACGGCAUCCGCUGGCACUACUUCCAAGGCCCCAGCUACUCACUGCGUUCUACUCGCAUGAUGGUGCGUCCCACAGACAUCUAAGGAGCAGCCACGCCUGGAGGCUGGUCUCACAGGAGGACCUGGAUGUGGUAUCCUCUGAACAAGCUGGACCCAGACACAGGACACAAUGCCAGGACCUUGUCCUGGACACCCUGGGUCCCCUGAGCCAGCCCUCCUCACUCCAGGAGUCCAGAAGAGUCACCUCCCUCCCUUUUUCCCUCAAGUUGUGAAAUGGUGGGUGUUUGGGGGUUCCUGCCUCUGCAUUGUCCCCAUUUCCUCUUCUCUCCUGCCUCCUGCAGGGCCCUCCGGCCAGCUUGAGGGUCACAGUACCCUGGAUGAGCUGAGAACAGAUUUAACUGGGCUCCUCAAGAGAAUACACGACUAAUGGUGGGAUGUGAGACAGUCGGGAAGGUAUUUACAGGCAGGAAACUGCCCAGAUGGAGGCCCAGAGUCUGUCCCUGGGUUGUUGGGAAGGCCACCUCUUGUUCCAAGCUUUCUCAGCCUUGAGAUGUCCUUGAACUUUCUGUUCAGGACUGAAGGAGCUGCAUCCACCCUAUAACGGGAGUUAUUUCCACCCACAUUGUCCACCACUCCUAGGCUCCAGCAUCUAAAGCUCAGACGUGGUUUCUCAGGGGCUCCAGGAGAUCUAAGAGGGAUUCCUUUACCCCUUGAAUGUCCUAGAAUAUAUUCCAGAGAGAGUAACUAGGACUCCCCUCUAAAAGUACCUGUGGUCAAGUGAGGGAGGGAAACACCAGGUUAAAUCAAUGUGAACAGGCAUUCUUAGCUGCAGGCCUUGUCAGAGCCAUUAGUGUGAUCACGUGCUUAGUGACUGCCCGUGAAAGGGCUAGAGUAGGCAGCUUUCCCCAAAUGUAUUUAUUUGAAAAUGGGCCCUGAUUAUCCCAGAGCAUCUCUCAGGGCUGCGGAUACCCUUGGAAAAAGCUGGUCCUCGAACGUCAUGAGUUGAAACCCCAGGUCACUAUCCCCACCCCCAGCUGCUUUCACCAUUUCUAGCUACGAGGGCCACAGUGACAUUCUCAGCCUCUAAAAACAACUGGAAGGAAACUUUGGGUUAAAACAGAUACACCGUCGCUGAAGACGGGUCUAGAACUAAGUUUCCUGUCUGUGCUCCAAGGCUUCUCUGUCCGUAGGAAGCCAGAUCUCUGUCUGGGGGCUGCCCUCAGCACUCCCUGUGACCCCAGCUCAUACCAGCUCAAGUUCAGAGGCUCUUGGGGCCCACUCUGCCUCGAACAGGACACCAAUCGCUGGGUCCAGAUCCCUUCUGCCUCCAAGCCAGAGCCCCUAGCCUCCUCUUGCCUUGUCCAACAGCGAUGCUACAGCUAAGGGUCCAUGGAGACUGGGCCUUUGCUGAGUCUGGGAGACCAGGGGCUCCUCAUGAGCUUCUUUCAGAGAGGGGCCACAGCCACUCUGCCACCCAGUCCCAUUACUGUGUCACCCUCCUCAGACCUGAUGAGGCCACCAAGGUCCUGUCAUCCUCAGCCAACACCCGGGCCCAGCCCACGACCGACCUGCCCUACUGCCAGGUUGCGCCUCUGUCUUCAGGUUUUUCUCCUGGAUAAGGCUGCAUGGUGGAAAUGGGGCAUCUUCACCCCACUGGGCUCUGCCCCCGCCCCUGAGUCCAACCUCGGCCAAGCCACUGAUUAAACCCAGCACAGAUUAAUGCUGAUCUCCUUCAGGGAAACCAAAGGAUGUAGUUGCUAAUGGUGACUUCAGGCAGGAGGGAAAAGUACGUAGGGGCAGGUGGCUGCCCAGAAGGCUGACACAGCCUUAUCCAGCAUUUGCUCAGCAAACCUUUAUUUAGUGUCUACGGUGUGCAGUGUGGUGCUGUUGGCAGGACUUUGGAGUCAGACAGACCUGCUCCAGCUCUUGAACUUGAAACCAGUGGCUCAGUCUCUCAAGGCCUCAAUCAUCUGGUCUGUGAAAUGGAGAUGGUGAUAUUCUCUCCUUGCUGUGCUGGGGCAGGAGGAAAUGAGACCUUGUAUUGCAACUUCUUAACAGAGCCUGGCAUGAAACAGGUGCCUAAUAAAUGUUAGUUCCCAAAGAGGUGAAUUGGGUGGAGAAAUCAGCCCCCUAGUGCAUGCCACCCCUUCUUCUGGACCCAGGGAAGGUAAGCAUUUUAUUUUUGUAUCUACAGCAUUUAUUUUUAUACUACAAGUGUAUAGGCAAUGCUGUGUGCUCCAGGAACAGAACUCCUCUGGGUGGGGUGAAGGCCCAAAUCCCUGUCUGCACUCCAGUUGUCUAAGAAGACCAAGAAGCCGAUUUGGGUAACCCUCACACAUCUGUUCUUUAAAAUAUUCAUCCAUGGGCUUCCCUGGUGGCGCAGUGGUUGGGAGUCCGCCUGCCGAUGCAGGGGACACGGGUUCGUGCCCCGGUCCGGGAAGAUCCCACAUGCCACGGAGCGGCUGGGCCCGUGAGCCAUGGCCGCUGAGCCUGCGAGUCCGGAGCCUGUGCUCCGCAACGGGAGAGGCCACAGCAGUGAGAGGCCCGCGUACCGCAAAAAAAAAAAAAAAAUUCAUCCUUCCUUCUUACUUUCCUUCCUUCUCUGUGCCAGGACUCUCAAGUGCAAGGGAUAGAAACCUUAUCCUGAGGAAUGGAUUGACUCACAUACAGGGAGUCUAAGGACAGAUUCAAAUGUGGUUCGAUCCAGGUGCUCAAGUGAUGGCCCUCCCCACCUCUCAGGCCUGCCAUCCACCAUGCUGACCUCAUUCUCAGUCAGGUUCUCUCCUGAAAGAUGGCUCCAGCAGCCCCAGGCUUGUGUCCUGCCUGCUUAGCAUCCUUCAGAAAGAAAGCUCCCCUGUCCCAGGGAUUCCAGCAAAGGCAGGAUUCUUUCCAGCCAAGACUGGUCCUGUGUCCAUCCCUGCGCUUAACACUGUGAUUCUGGUUGACCAGACCUGGGUCACACUAUCAUGCCUGGAACCAGGGGGUGGAGUUAGUUCCCUCCAAGUCGUGUGGACUGGCCUUGGGGAAACUGAGGAGCCACUUUAGGAAGCAGGGAUGCUGGGCAGGCAAGAACAGAGGUUCCCUUUUUCUCUUUCCAUCUCUCAGACUCCCAUCUCUCUUAUCUCCAUCUCUUCCCCUUCUCCUAGCCUCCCUGCCCCCAAGGCCUGCCCCUCAGGCUCCAGCUAAUCCCUGGUUUGCCCCCAGACUAUCAAGGACACUGCGGUGUUCUGCCCAGAGGUGUCAGACCCUGGUUCGCAGUCCAGGCUCUGUCGCUGGAGCAGAGCCCCUGCCCCCUCUAAGCCUCCAGUUCUCAUCUGUGCAAUAAGGAUGGAGCGCCUGCAAACAUCUAAAAGAGAGCAACGCUGACUCACCGUGGCUGCAGACAUGAACAGCUAAAGGAUUCUGGGUGCACAAGGCCCUAGGGGGCCUGGUUGGCGAGGUCUUGGCCUUGGAUGGGUGUCCUGGAGGCCACCGCUUGCAGGAACUGGCUUCUGAGAUAACUACAUCUGCAGGUUCCUAUGUAGAAUCCUUGUCCCCUCUCCCUGCAUCAGUCCAGCGUUCCCCCAUUUUAGUAAUAAAGAAAUUAGAGCUCAGAGAGGGAAAGAGUUUCAUCUGAGCGGCACAGCCAGUCACCACCCCCAGUGCACUUGCACCUGUCAGCUGCCUCCCUCGUCGAGAGCUCUCUGGAGGCACCUUGGCACCUACCACAAAAAUGCUGGAGUGGUGUCCCCUCCACCUAUAUCAAGGGCUGAAGGAACUUUCUGGAAAGUUUUCCAAGAGUAAUCUGUCUUUCCCACUGGCACCUGGUAGGUCCCGAUGGAGCCAGGCAGGCAGAAUGCAUUGUUCCCGUGAUGUCUGCACGUUCUCAGCAAAGGCAGUUGCCACACUGGGGGAGAGGGUUCACUGAGCACAGCCCAGAGACAACAAUCAUGGGUGGGGUAGGAGGUGGCCCUUUGCAGGGGACAGGGGAUAAGUCAGCAUCAGGAUGGUUUGUCCUGCUGGCUGGGUGAUUUGAUCCCUUUUUCCAGACUUUCCCCCCCUCAGUGUCCAUCUGGGCCUUCACCUCUCUCAUUGAAGAUGCUUCGGAAAGUUAACAGUGUUGCCUUGGCAACAGCAGCAUCAGCAUCUUUUGAUGGAGCAGCCCUUCUGAGAAUGGAAUCUGGUCCAGGACACAUCCAGCAAAAACGUGUUUCUUUCUUGUGUUAGAUUACGUGUAAUGUGGCCUGUGAGCUGCUGUUGCCUGUGUCCUGAGGGCAGGGAAGUCCAAUGGCCUUUAGCAUCCAACACAUUCCCACCCUCCGCUGUGGGACCUCUCUGAGCCUCACUUUCCUCGUCUGCACAAUGCAGAAACUGUAAUCUAGUCAUGGGGAAGUCGCGCAAAUUCAGUGCAGUGGUGGACAUCCAGGCCUGGCACAUUAACUCAUGUAUUUAUUCGUUCAUACAUGUAUUCAUUCAUUCACAUGGCAAGGAUGUACUGAGGACCUACCUGCCUGGGCCAAGGCCUGCCUCGGUGAUGGGGAGGGAGCAGCAAAUGAGACAGACAGAUGGCCACAGUCCUGAAAUCAUAGAGCUUAACAGGCCAGAGGGAGACUCGCCAAAAUAAAAAAAAAAAUUUUUUAAUUUAACUAAAUUAACUAAUUAAUAUAUUGUAAGUGAAGAAAAUAAACAGGAGUUACAGAUAAAAGAUUUCAGAGGCAGGGUGAUCAGGGAAAGACUCUCUGAAGAGGGACACUUAAAUUGAGGACUAAAGGAGAGAAAGAGACAGCCAGGUGAGGAGCAGGGGGAAGAAUAGGCCCACUGGA